UGCGAAUUUGGUGCUGCUCUCGCUCUGUAUAGGGCAGCCCUUUGCAACGCAGUCUGCAAUUGUUUGCGGCUAUGGGCUCCGGUGCGUCGCAUGAGAGCGCCACGGCCGCCCUCGCGGCCGGCGUCUCGGAAGCAGACAUUGCUGCCCAUCUCGCAUCACUUGAAAAGAAGCCGGUGACGGUGUUUUACAAUCCAGGCAGCUCCAACUCGCUUAGUUGCGCUAUCAUGGGUUCAUCCAUCGGCUGUGCCGAGCUGAAAGUGAUCCAGCUGACGGGCGAGCAGAAGGGACCUGAGUUCGUGGCCGUGAAUCCCUAUGGUCAGGUGCCGGGCAUGUCCGACGAGAGCAACGGGCUCAACCUCGGCGAGUCGACGGCCAUCCUGCGGUACCUCGCGCAGCAGUACAAGCCGUCGUUGUAUCCUGGUUCCAUUGCCGAGCGGGCGCGCAUUGAGAUGGCGAUCGCCCAGUUCAAGGAAUUCGUAUACGAGCCGUGGCAUUUGGGUAAAGAUUCGAGCAACGGCUACGUCGGCGUGUCGUACUGCGUCCUGGGCGACGUCAUGGGCAUCCCGAUGUGGCCCUACCCAUCGGACCAGCCGGCGGCCAACGCGGGCUUCGUCGAUGCGCUCAAUAAGUGGGCGGGCUUGUAUCUCCAGGGCACGUUCGUCUGCGGCGACGCGCUGACGAUCGCGGAUUAUUGCGCGGUGGCCAUACUGUACGUAGCCGUCUCUCCGAAGGUAAAGGAAAAAACGGGCUUUGAGGCGCCCGAACGGAUCACAAAAUACGUCACGGACUUUCUCGCCGCCGAGCCCGCCGCCGCCGAGCUCUUCGGGCAAGCUUUUACGGGCCUGUUGUACUGAGCGUGUCGACACGCCCAAUCGAUUUUCUACACCUUCUGUCGCGCCUUCACGCUGUCUCGCGCUUGUCUCUGCUCUGCACAGCGAGCGCUUUUGCGCCGCCGCGCGGCAAGGCAAGUGCUUGUGGGUAAAUUCACGAGUACCUUAGACAAGAGUC